UGACCACCACCAGAGAAGGUCACUGCUUUAUUGCUGCAGUAUGACGAGGUCUCUUCUAUGGACAUUGAACUCCCAGCUACCUAUGCCUAUUGCCUGUGAUGGAAGAACUUGAUGUUAAUGUGAGUUCGAGUGAGGGCUUCGGCGUAGCAGAGAAGAUCGUGCUGCUCACUUUCAUCUCCGCCGUUAUACUGAUGGCCAUCCUGGGGAACCUGCUGGUGAUGGUGGCCGUGUGCCGGGACAGGCAGCUCAGGAAAAUCAAGACCAAUUAUUUCAUUGUUUCCCUUGCCUUUGCGGACCUGCUGGUGUCAGUGCUGGUGAUGCCGUUUGGAGCCAUUGAGUUGGUUCAGGACAACUGGAUCUACGGAGAGAUGUUCUGCCUGGUCCGAACAUCCCUAGAUGUCCUGCUCACCACAGCGUCAAUCCUGCACCUGUGCUGUAUCUCACUGGACAGGUAUUAUGCUAUCUGCUGCCAGCCUCUGGUUUACAGGAACAAGAUGACUCCAUUGCGCAUUGCUGUAAUGCUUGGAGGGUGCUGGGUAAUCCCAACAUUUAUUUCUUUCCUCCCUAUCAUGCAAGGCUGGAAUAGCAUUGGCAUCAUUGAUCUGAUUCAGCAAAGGCAGUUCAACAAGGCUUCCAACUCCACUUACUGCAUAUUCAUGGUCAACAAGCCAUAUGCCAUUACCUGCUCCGUGGUGGCCUUCUACAUCCCCUUCCUCCUGAUGGUGCUGGCCUACUACCGCAUCUACGUCACGGCCAGGGAGCACGCCCGCCAGAUCCGGGUGCUGCAGCGUGCGGGGGCCCCCACCGACGGCCGGCAGCACCACCCGGACCAGCACAGCACGCACCGCAUGAAGACUGAGACCAAAGCUGCCAAGACCCUGUGCAUCAUCAUGGGGUGCUUCUGCCUGUGCUGGGCCCCCUUCUUUAUCACAAACAUAGUGGACCCUUUCAUAAACUACACGGUGCCGGGAAAGCUGUGGACAGCUUUCCUGUGGCUGGGCUACAUCAAUUCAGGGUUGAACCCUUUCCUCUACGCCUUCCUGAACAAGUCUUUCAGACGUGCCUUCCUCAUCAUCCUGUGCUGUGGUGAUGAGCGAUACCGAAGGCCUUCCAUCUUGGGGCAGACGGUCCCCUGUUCCACCACCACAAUAAAUGGAUCAACUCAUGUACUAAGGUACACUGUUUUACGUAACGGGCAUCAUCAGGAACAUGAGAAACUUCCCAUCCACAAUGACCCUGAAUCCCAAGAGUCCUGUUUCUAG